AUGCCUGAUGGAUCUAUUCGUAUUUGUGAUGACUACAAAAUUACCAGCAACUGCAGUACGCUGGCUAAAAAAUGCCCCAUCAAGAAAAUUGAAGACAUUUAUGCUCAGCACGGUACCAUCAGAUAUUUUUCGAUCUUAGACAUCGAGCAAGUUUGCCAGCAGUUUGAACUAAUUGAAACAGCCAAUACAACAACAACCAUCAGUACACAUCAGGGUUUGUGCAGGUGUAAAAGCAUCCACUCGGUUGCAGCAAUUUUCCAGCGAACGGUGGAAUAUAUCAUGACAGGGUUACCUAAUACUUGC